AUGGGACUGCUAAAAGUAUCAUAUAUUGUGACGCUCACCACGGUCCUAUGGGUGGUAUUGACCACGCUUUUUCCUAAUAUUUUUCCUGGAUAUUACGACCAUGGAGACAUGCAAAACAAAGAUGGUUAUUUAUAUAGUGCAUACUACAACUCAUUAAAUACCCCUUCAAUACUAAAAAAUAACUUGACAGAUUCACACAUCCUUCUUUUCACAGCACAUCCGGAUGAUGAAUCAAUGUUUUUCACACCAACUAUCACCGAGUUGACAAAGGAGAACUACAACAAUACCUUCCACCUAAUUUGUCUCUCUAACGGUGGCUACGACGGUCUGGGAAGUAUUAGAGAACGUGAGUUAAGAAAGGCAGCAAGGGUUUUGAGCAUUGACUCGGUGAAAGUAUUAGACUAUGUCGAUGAUAUCAAUGUGUAUUGGAAUAUCUCUGAUAUAGUGAAAUCGAUAACCGAUGAAAUAAAUAAUGUCAAGCGUGAAUAUGAAUUUGAGGAAAACAAAUCUCUAAUUCUUUUAACCUUUGAUCAAGAUGGUGUGUCCAGCCAUCCCAAUCACAAGUCUGUUUACCAAGCCGUAAAGACUUACAACAAAUUGACCAAUACCAGAGCCUACUCUUUGAAAUCAUGGAAUAUAUUAGUCAAGUAUUCUGGAAUGCUUUUCACUAAUAUUGAAGUUGCUAUGAAGUGGCUUGCCAAAUGUGAUGACAUCAAAAGCUUUUUAAGCCGUAUCAAUAUCAGCUUACUAGACCACAUCAUUGCUGACAUUUCAAAAGAAUCGAUUGCCAUUUACUCGGAUUUGAAUAGUUUAUUCUUAAAUUUCUCAACCAUGACUUGGGUCCAUUUUUCUCAAAUUGUCUGGUUUAGAUGGAUCUGGAUUUUCUCAAGCAAGUAUAUGAACUCGAAUGAGUUAGUUCCAAUCUCAUAG